AUGGAGUAUACGCCGGAAUGCAACUGGGGAAAGACAAGGUGGAUACUGCAUCAUUCGACGGCCGGUUGUGAUGGAGAAGAUCAUGCGGAGGGUCUAAGCAUGGAGGUUGUGCCACAAUGUAGAGCUAAUGGUGGCCAAAACACGGCGGAAGUGCAGCAUUCGCCGAGCGCAUGUGGUGCAGUAAUUCGAAUUGAUGCAGGUGAUGGGAAAACUCUAGAGACACUGGACGAGAAUACGCCACCAGCAACGGAUGUACUGAAUCGAGUGUACAGGAAAGACAUCAGUCAUCUUGGCAUACGGCUGUUGUCAUUGAAUGAUGACUGGACAGAGGGAGUACCCGAAGAAAUAUUGGAUACGACUCAACCAAUUGAGAGGGUUGUGCUAGAAGAGAUUGAUCAGAAUGCUGAAGUACCAGAAAAUUACUCCGAUCCUGAGAUUAUGGUGCCGAGAGUGGGACAGGGUUUCAAAACAGAUACUGAUGCCUUCAAUUUUUACAACAUGUACUCUAUUCGUAUGGGUUUUGGUAUUCGUCUUAACAAAAAUCGAAAGAAUGUGGCAGGAGAAAAAACAAUGCAGGAGAUGUGCUGCACCCACCAGGGGCACAAUUCAAAGACAAAGAAACCUUCUGUGCGCCUGGGUUGCCCAGCAAUGGUCCGGGUGAAUAGAAGUAAUGGUGAUGAUGUGUGGACAUUAACAAAAUUUGUUACAGAGCACAACCAUCCCAUGAAAGGUAGAACUGGAGUGACUAUGAACUACCAGUCGCACAACCGAAUUGAUGAGGGCACCAGAGGUAUUGUUGCUGACAUGGUGGAUAGUGGGAUCAAGUCAACCAACAUGUAUGGUCUGUUGGCAGGGUUGCAUGGGGGUCCUUCGAUGGUUCCAUUUAAUAGAAGGGCCAUGGAUAGGUUAGCAUAUGCGAUUAAGCGAGAUGAAUGCAGCGACGAUGUUCAGAAAACUUUGGACUUCUUCCGGGAAAAUGAGGCCAAGAGUAAGAACUUCUUUUAUAGUGUUCAAGUCGACAAGGACGAAUAA